AUGGAUGACGCGUUCGUAUUGCUGGCCGCGUGGAGGCGAACCAACCCCAGUAUGAGUGUCCCCGACAGACUCGGACACACCUACUCCGAGGCCGCCGUUUCCAUUACAAUCACUUCAGUGACUAAUUUCCUGUCAUUUAUGAUCGGAACGAUAACACCCUUUCCAUCCGUACGAAUCUUCUGCAUCUACACAGCGGUGGCCGUACUCUUCACAUACAUAUAUCACAUCACAUUCUUCGGCGGUUGUAUGGCUUUCUUCGGCAACGCCGAGAAACGCAAUCUUCACGGCUUGCUAUGUAUACCCGUUUUGCCCAAGUCUUUAGCAGAGGGAAAGGGAUUUUUCUUCCGAAUGCUGUGCACGGGAGGGAAGAACCCGUCGGAUCCGGACAACCCUAAGGACAAUAAGGAACACGUAAUGAUGCUCUUCUUCAGGGACGUGUUGGCCGUCUCUCUCAACAAAACUCCCGUCAAAUUGUUUGUCAUAUUCAUGUUUUUGGUGUAUUUGUCGAUUGGUAUCUACGGCUGCACAAUGGUUAAGGAGGGACUCGACCGACGGAAACUGUCUCGCGAUGACUCCUAUUCCGUCCAGUUCUACGACUACGAGGACCGCUACUUCAGGGAAUACCCCUACAGAAUACAAGUGGUCGUCAAUGAGACACUCAAUUACGCCGAUCCAGACGUCCAGAAGAAGAUUGAAGAUAUGCUCCAGAAGUUUGAGAGGAACCACUUCGUGGCCGACAAAGUGCUCACCGAGUCGUGGCUCAGAGCUUACCAGACAUUCCUGAGCCAAGAGGACAGCUUCCUCUUCCUUCAAGCACUCAAUAUAUCGGAUCAGUUGGACUUCAAUCGUGGUCUGCGAGACAUAUUCCUUCACUUCCCGCUGACUGAGCCCUUCCGGAACGACAUAGUGUUCAACGACGACGGCUCUGAGAUAAUCGCCACGCGUUAUAUAAUUCAGACCAAAAACAUAAUCGACGCCAAUAUGGAGAAAGAAAUGCUAAUCGCUUUGCGAGACAUCGCCGACAGCUUCCCAUUUCCCGUCACUAUAUUUCAUCAAUACUUCAUUUUCUUCGACCAGUUUGUGUUAGUCCGGAGUAUAUCCAUACAGACCAUAUCAGUGGCGGCGGCCGUAAUGAUGAUCAUAUCGUUGAUAUUCAUACCGUCGCCGUCGUGUGCCAUUUGGGUCGCCUUUUCCAUCAUCUCCAUAGAGAUCGGUGUAAUCGGUUAUAUGACUCUAUGGGGCGUCAAUUUGGACUCCAUAUCCAUGAUUAACUUAAUUAUGUGUAUCGGCUUUUCCGUCGACUUCUCGGCCCAUAUCUCUUACGCCUACAUCUCCUGCUAUGAGGACGACCCCAAAGAAAAGGUCAAAUCAGCCCUCUAUUCGCUGGGUCUACCCAUCUUUCAGGGCAGUGUGUCCACAGUGUUGGGCAUCAUUGCACUGGCAUUCGCACCCUCCUAUGUCUUCGUCACAUUCUUCAAGACUGUAUUCCUUGUUAUGUUAUUCGGUGCCACACAUGGAGUACUUCUGCUGCCAGUCCUCCUCUCCAUCACAGACCAGUGUCGCGGAAAGGGAAAGGCAUCCAACAAAUACAAGUCAUCCAAUUUAGGCCAUCAAAACAGUUCACCGUUUUUUGUGGGCGACAAACACUUCGACGGAAAGACUAUUAUGCAAAACGGAGCGCCCAUUUACAUCCCUCGGCCCACAUUCACCGAACUGUCUGUCGAGCAAAAGAUGACUUUCCGUCGACCCGAUGAUGACAUCGCCACCGCAUCCAAGAGUUCCGCCUCAUCUGAUGGCAGUGUUGUCGCUGAGAAAGACCUCGGAUUGGGUACCAGUGCUGAGGAAUGCAGUGAAGGCAGUUGGAAAGGCAGCAAAAGUCAGUCCAACAAUUUGGUUGUUACGAAGCAGUCAGAGAUCAACCAAAUGGUCGACACCCAGACGGCACCCAAUGUUUACGCAAAUAUGUUGAGAGACUGGUCUCAAGUGAGCGGAAAACAAAACUCAAGCGCCGGUCACACGAACGACGGCUAUCUCAGCGAUAGUACCGACUUUUACGGCCAAUACUCGGCCAGAAACAAGAAGACGUCAAAGGGGUCGGUGCCGUCGACGAGUCAGCACAGGAUAUCGGUUUACCACCAAAUAUCUGACGCCACUUACGCCGACCGCAACGUAUGGGAGCGCCAGUCGACGCCCGCCACCAAAGCCAAGGCAAACAAGAAGAGUAAGAGUAAAGACCGGCUGGAGAACAGCUAUUUGGUUGAAGUUGAACCGACACAACCCACACAACACCGGCGCUCCGCUCACGAAGACCACAGACACCGAGAAAGGGAGAGUAGAGAGAGGGAGAGGUCGGCCCACAAUGACAUUGAUAUCCUGACCCCAAAUGUACAACAAAUCAUGUCUUCGCGAAUGGAUAGGAAUAUAAGCAACAGAUAUAAUGGUUUUCAUCCCCGAUAG